AUGCAUCAUACGUUGGGUCGGGGUGACAAAAGUACACUGCGUGUAGUCGCAAUCAAAGAACUUCUUGAGCUAUGGCCUUCGAAAACCUCGAUCAUCGAGGGCAAGUACAUCGAGUGUGGCCUUAACGAGGCCAGCCGUUGGCUAUCAGGAAACGCUUGGGCCAACAGGGGGGUUGUGCUGAGACGACAAACGCCUAGGAAGCGAGCAGAGGGUGGCGUUUCGAACAAUGCAAGUCGUAACUCGAAGAAGGCCCGGGCGCACCAGUACACGGGAGAUCAACUGAGGAAUUUAUACUACUAUUAA